AUGGACAGACAGCUGAUGGAUGGACAUGAAACUUUCUGGUGUGGGGACUCCUCUGGACAGCAGAGUGACAGAGUCUCCUUCAGUGUCCAAUCAGACACUACAGAUAAAGGUGUCAUCCUGGAGAUCCCUGCACUUCCUGUGAGGACAGGAAGUGAUGUCAUUCUGCGCUGCAGGCAGAGGAAUGGUGCCACAGCAGCUUAUUUCUUCAUUAAAGGGCCUCGACCUAAAGAAACUAAACCAGAGCACAUCAUCACUAAGGUCCAGCAGUCUGAUGAAGGUCUCUACUCGUGUUCUACUGAUCAGGGUGCAAAAUCCUCCUACAAUCAUCCAUCCUCCUCCUCACUGUCCUCCUCCUCCUCCUCCUUUCUCCAGGUCCCAGUUGUAGCAGGUCUGGUCUCUGGGGUUCUCCUGGUUCUGGUUCUGGGUGGAGUUCUGUUCCUCUGCAGUAAACUAAAAGGAGGUCGGGGAGCAGACCUGUGGAGCUGUGGAGGUGACGGCUGUCUGAGACGGAGCGUCUGCCUCUGCUGCCUGUUUCUGCUGACUGCUGCAGGUGUGUGUGUGCUGCUGCUGUUUGCACCGACUGUUUCUGCAGUGUCUUUGUCUGUCAGUCCAAACCUUCAGCAGGUCUUCAGUGGAUCUUCAGUGGAUCUGAGUUGUGUUGAUGAUGGACAGACAGCUGAUGGAUGGACAGUGAGGAGGACCAGAGGAGGACUCACUGAGGACUGUGGAGCAGCUGCAGGCUUUGGGAGGGUUCUUGGUUCCUACUGUGUUGUGGAUCUUUCUGCUCCCAGUGAAACUUUCUGGUGUGGGGACUCCUCUGGACAGCAGAGUGACAGAGUCUCCUUCAGUGUCCAAUCAGACCCUACAGAUAAAGGUGUCAUCCUGGAGAUCCCUGCACUUCCUGUGAGGACAGGAAGUGAUGUCAUUCUGCGCUGCAGGCAGAGGAAUGGUGCCACAGCAGCUUAUUUCUUCAUUAAUGGAAGUCAUCAUGGUCUUAAACCAGAGCACAUCAUCACUAAGUUCCAGCAUUCUGAUGAAGGUCUCUACUCAUGUUCUACUGAUCAGGGUGGAAAGUCUCCUGAGAGCUUUCUGAGGGUCAGAGAUCCUCCCACAGUUACUCAUCCUCCUCCUCACUCUCCUCCUCCUCCAAGCACCUCCACAAACUUUCCUCCUCCUGUAAAACCUCCUUAUACUUGUCCUCCCUCUCUCCUGGUCCCUUUUGUAGCAGUUCUGGUUUCUGGGGUUCUCCUGGUUCUGGUUCUGGUUUUCUUCCUCUGCUGGAAACUUAAAGGAAGUAAAAACCCAUCUCCUCUUCCUGUGGAUGUGACCUAUGCUGAUGUCACGAUCAAUCAGAGAGCCAAUAGGAGAGACAAACAGCCUGCUGAUACACGAGCCGUCUACUCUGAUGUUAGGACUCAAACUUCAGAGCAGUCACCUGAUCCAUGUGCUGUGUACUCAUCAGAGACAGCAGGAAGCUGAGGACACACUCGGUCUGAUGGACGACCUUCAUCCUCCACUCUGCUCCUCUUUCAGUGCCUGCUGAGGCAUCAUCAGUUAUUCCUGAAACUUCAUUAGUCAGUGUUGAUCAUAGAGGGGAAGAGUUGUAUUUUUAAAAUUAGUUUUGCCGUUUUCAUUCUUCUGCAAACAUGUGAACGACUUUAAAGGAUCCACAUACAUGUAAU